CCCACACCUCCUCCUCUUUCUUUCCACUGUGCGGAGCAGGACCGACCGACCGACCUUCGCGCCGCGUUGUGCCAACUUCUACGCGCCCCUGCAAGCGACUUUGGAGAAAACUCCCUUGCCUGUCCCCCACCCCACUUUACAUCUGUUUCUCGCCCCCCUCUUCGGUCAAUGUCUCUCGGCCAGAGAUGGAAUCGCUCACCUGGCUUUUCCCCUCCUUGCUGCUGCUCUGCGCCCAACAGCACACCUGGACCAGAGCCCUGAAUGAUAUUGGAGAUUACAUCGGGUCAAACAUAGAAAUAUCUUGGCUGCCUAAUUUGGAUGACUUGAUUAAAGGAUACGCCCGGAAUUUUAGGCCAGGAAUUGGAGGGCCUCCUGUUAACGUGGCUUUGGCUAUCGAAGUGGCUAGCAUCGACCACAUCUCUGAGGCCAACAUGGAAUAUACAAUGACAGUCUUUCUGCAUCAAAGUUGGCGGGACCACCGGCUGUCGUACAACCGGACCAACGAAACGCUGGGCUUGGAUAGCCGUUUUGUGGACAAACUCUGGCUUCCGGAUACAUUUAUAGUCAACGCGAAGUCAGCCUGGUUUCAUGACGUAACAGUGGAGAAUAAGCUGAUCAGGCUGCAGCCCGAUGGAGUCAUUCUUUACAGCAUCAGGAUUACCUCUACGGUGGCUUGUGACAUGGAUCUCACCAAGUAUCCAAUGGAUGAGCAGGAAUGCAUGCUGGAAUUGGAGAGCUAUGGCUACUCCUCCGAGGACAUUGUCUACCACUGGUCUGAGAACCAAGAGGAAAUUCACGGCUUGGAUAAGCUGCAGCUUGCUCAGUUCACCAUUAUCAGUUAUCGAUUCACUACUGAACUCAUGAACUUCAAAUCGGCUGGCCAGUUCCCCCGCCUGAGUCUCCAUUUCCAUCUGCGGAGGAACCGAGGUGUCUACAUCAUCCAGUCCUACAUGCCUUCCAUCCUCUUGGUGGCCAUGUCCUGGGUCUCUUUCUGGAUCAGCCAGUCAGCUGUACCUGCACGGGUCUCCCUAGGCAUAACCACAGUGCUUACCAUGACCACCCUGAUGGUGAGCGCUCGUUCUUCCCUCCCUAGGGCUUCGGCCAUAAAAGCGUUGGAUGUCUACUUCUGGAUCUGUUAUGUCUUUGUCUUCGCCGCGCUGGUGGAAUACGCCUUUGCCCAUUUCAAUGCCGACUAUAUGAAAAAGCAAAAAGACAAACUGAAGUCCAACAGGCGGGCAGAAGAGGUCAAUGUGAAAAACGCCAUUGUUAUGUUCUCCCUUUCGAUUGCUGGAGUCAACCAGGAGCUGGCCAUGUCCAGCAGGCACCGCCGAAGGCCCCGAAACCUCUCUGGCUCGUACGGCUCCGCUGAAGUAGAAACGGGGGACACCAAGAAAGGAGGUGCACCAAAGCCCAAAAAGGGUCUCAAAUCUCUUUUCAAGCCCAUCGACGCCGACACCAUCGAUAUCUACGCCAGGGCAGUUUUCCCAGCUGCCUUUGCUGCGGUCAACGUCAUCUAUUGGGUGGCCUACACCAUGUGAGGAUCCCGAAGAGCAGUCGUUCCUCCGUGAAGGCGCUUGAGGACAACCGAGAGAACGUCCCACGAGUGGAGCCAAACUUGGGAAGCGCUUUUUCAAGCACGGCUGUUCCAAAACCAAACUGUCCUUUUGCAGGCACAAAUGCUUGUUUGGUAGCCUCUUCCGUCCCCCAAGGGGAGGAACAAGUUGCGUUGACAACGAAGGCAAAAGGAAGAAUGGCUCACUCUCAUUCAAUUUUGUUUUGCUUUCUUGGCGAACCCAAAUGACAAGUGUUUUCCCCAGCAGGGCAAGAUUCGACCAGCACUUAAGUCUUUUGCUUCUCUGUUAACUGUGCCAAUUUCUGAAUUAAGACUUUGGAGCAUCCGUUAUAUCAGGAAUAUUAUCUGAAAUAAUUUGUUGUGAAAGUAGGACACAAUUUCUUCAGAGGUUUAGUAUCUGGGCAAUAAUUCAGGCGGGGACAUCAUCACGCGCGGGAUGAAACAAAAUGAGCAAAUUUUUUGCAAGUGGAACAGACGUGUUUGGAGUGUCUUGAUUUUAAAGCUUUUGACAAUUCACAGGUUCAACUACUAGUCAAAGAUGGGCUGGUGGAGAUUUUGCAGAAUUUCUCUUUUAUUUUUUUAAUCCGCCGCAUGGCCACGCUCCUUGGCUGCGAAGUCGCCGUAGCAGUAAUGGCACGAUCGUUUAUAUUUGGUAAUUUCGAAAUGAUUCCCACACCUUUUAAUUAUUUAUUCUAUGCUGCUUUUCGAUUUCAACAGUGAAGAUAACGUUCCGAUUUGGGGCUUUGUAAUUUUUAAUGUAUCUUUUGCUUUUUUUGCACAAAGGAUUUAGAACAAACCUAGCUGAGAAUAUGAAACGGGGCCUGCGGCAAAAAAAAUUUUUUUUUUCUGAAAUGUAGUUCAUUGCGAGAAUCAAAACCCUAACAAUUCUUUAAAAAAUGUAAAAUCUUGUGUCGCUCAUUUUUAAAUAAGCCAUGUUAACAAGUCA